AUGGAAGCUAACAAUCGGGGAAAAAGGGUAGCUAGUGCAGGUAGUGGCAGUGCUAGUGUCAAUUCCUCAAAGAUGCAAAAGCAAAAAGGACCGAUUGAUUUAUAUUUCAUUCCCAGACCGGAAAUUGUGGUACAAAAAAGAAAGGAGGAGGGAAAACAGACAACCAUUAAUGAUGCAUGCAAGAAAGAGUUGAGAGGAAGAGCGUGUGUUGCUUUUGCAAGGUGGAUGUAUGAUGCAGGAAUUGCAUUCAAUGCUGUUAAGUAUGAUAGCUUUGCCGAGGUUGUUGAAGCAAUUGGACAAUAUGGUCCUGGCAUGAAACCACCUAGUUAUCACGAGGUGAGAGUUCCUUUGCUUAGGAAGGAAUUGGAUAAUACCAAUGCUUUGAUGAAUGACCACAGAGAGGAGUGGUCAAAAUUUGGAUGCUCAUUAAUGGCAGAUGGGUGGAUAGACAAGAGAGGGAGAACAUUGCUUAAUUUCCUACUUAAUAAAUUUGUGAACCGCAUUGGAGUAGCAAAUGUCGUUCAAGUCGUCACAGAUAGUGAAUCAAGCAAUAAGUCUGCCGGGAGGAUGUUAGAGAAAGAACACCCACAUUUGUAUUGGACACCAUGUGCUGCUCAUUGCUUAGACUUGAUGUUAGAAGACAUUGGGAAAAUACCGUCCAUCUCCAAAACAAUGCAGAGGGCGGUGGAGUUGAAUAGUUAUAUCUAUAUGCGUCUAAAGUUGUUGAACAUUAUGAGGAACUUUACUCAUAAAAAGGAGUUGCUUAGGCCCGCUAAGACUCGAUUUGCUACAUGUUUCAUCACAUUAUCAAGUAUUCACAAGCAAAAGAAUAACUUGAGAAAGAUGCUUACUUCAGAAGAAUGGAAUCGUAGUAAAUGGGCGAAAGAGGAAGCCGGUAAAAGAGUUGCUUCUUAUGUUUUGAUGCCUUCCUUUUGGAACAACAUUGUCUUUAGCCUUAAGGUUUCCGGUCCUCUUAUUCCGGUUUUGAGAUUAGUUGAUGGCGAGAAAAAGCCUCCCAUGGGAUACAUUUAUGCGGCUAUGGAUAGGGCUAAAGAAGCCAUUGCAAAAUCAUUUGGGGAAGUAGAAGACAAAUACAAGGAUAUCUUUGAAAUAAUUGAUAAGAGGUGGAAUGUUCAACUUCAUCGCCCUUUGCAUGCAGCAGGUUAUUAUUUGAACCCAGAAUACUUUUAUUCAAAUCCGAAAAUUGAAGAAGAUGAAGAGAUUGCAAAGGGUUUGUAUGCAUGCAUUGCAAGGUUAAUUCCAGAUAUCAAAGACCAAGACAAAAUUAGUGAGGAGCUGUCCUUAUAUUCUAAAGCUGAGGGCCUCUUUGGUAAUCCCUUUGCUAUUAGACAGAGAAAUACACGAGGACCAGUUAAUUGGUGGGAAGCUUAUGGCAAGUCAACAAAACUUCUCAAAAAGUUUGCUAUAAAGGUUUUAAGCCUUACUUGCAGUUCUUCUGGUUGUGAACGAAAUUGGAGCGUGUUUGAGCAUCUUCAUAACAAGAAAAGAAAUAGGCUCGCUCAUACAACUUUGAAUGAUUUAGUGUUCAUCAAAUAUAAUAGAGCAUUGAAGCGUCGAUAUAAUAUGCGUGACACUCUUGAUCCCAUUUUACUCGAUGACAUUGAUGAGAGCAACGAGUGGUUAACGGGGAGGAUGGAUGAUUCUGAUGCAGAACAUGAUCUAGUCUAUGAAGAUGAUUCCUUGACAUGGGGUGAUGUUGCUAAUUUUGCUGGUAUUGGAGAGGCUAGCAGGCCGCAACGGUCUACUAGAUCAAAAUCUAGUUCUAGUUCACGGUUGCCAACAAAGGGAGCAAGAAGUUCUUCAGUUCGACUUGUGGAUGAGGAUGAGGAUGAUUCAGAUGAGAUAGAAGAGGAUCCUGAGAAUUAUGAAUCAUUUAGUGACGAUCAAAAUGAUGUUAUGCUUAUUGAUGACGAGGAUGAUAUUUAGAUUCAUUGGUGUUGUCUUCUUAGGAAGAAAUGAUGUUUAUGUUUGUUUUAGUUUUAUCUUAUACUUCUCCUUAGUUGACUUUCGCAUCUUUAUGUUAAUAUGUUUGAUUAUUCACUGUUUUGAACUCAAGUACUUGAUUUAAUUGGUUUUGGCAUCUUUAUGUUGAAUAUUUAACUUAAGUAAUUCAUUUAGUUGACUUUUACAUCUUUGUAUAUACUAUUGCAUCUUUAAUACUUUAUUGGGUGAGUUUUGUUUUUUUUUUUUUUCCGUGCGCCUUGCUUCAGUCGGGCGCGCCCCUCGCCUUGCGCCUCAGGCUCCAGGAGGCAUUUGCGCUUUUGUGCGCCUUGAGCCUUUAACAACUAUGUAGAAUAUUGAUUGGAGGGAAUUAUGGUAUUGAUUUUAGAAAUCCUCUAUCAAUGUAUUUUCUAUAUUUAUAACUUGUAUUAUUUCACCUAUAAAUAGAGGUGUUGAUUGUAAACAAUAUUAAGAGAGAAUAUAAUAACGGUGAUAUAAUCCUUUGGGCUUUAUGCGUCUUUCCUUGUGUUCUCCGUGUGUAAUUCUCUCUUCAAUUUUUAUAUCUUUCAAUAUGGCAUCGGAACAAGUUUAUCAUACCCUACUUAAUACUCUACUCGUAUAGGAUCUUCAGAUCAAUUUGUCUCGAAUCUUCUGAUCAACUCAUCUCGGAUCUUCAGAUCAACUCGUUUCGGAUUUUCGGAUCAAUUCAUCUCAGAUUUCC